GUGGGAGUGUUACUGUGAGAGACGGAGAUCAUAAACAGCGCUGCAGCACACACACACACACACACACACGGAGGCGCGAUGGCGAGUCCUGGGAAAGAGAAUUAUCGGAUGAAGAGCUACAAAAACAAAGCGCUAAACCCUCAGGAGAUGCGACGACGCAGAGAGGAGGAGGGCGUUCAGCUCCGCAAGCAGAAGAGAGAGGAGCAGCUGUUUAAGAGGAGGAACGUCUGUGCGCCGCCGUGUGACGAGUCCAUGCUCGAGUGUCCCAUCCAGGAUCCGGACAUCAGCUCCACCGUGCCCAUGUCCUCAGACGCAGUUAUAACCCCAGACAUGAUGCAGAUGAUCUUCUCUGAAGACACGGACCAGCAGCUCCUCGCCACACAGAAGUUCAGGAAGUUACUCUCCAAAGAGCCAAACCCGCCCAUUGAUGAGGUCAUCGCCACGCCUGCUGUAGUGAGUAAGUUUGUGGAGUUUCUGAAGAGGAGCGAUAACUGCACGCUACAGUUUGAAGCAGCCUGGGCUCUGACCAACAUCGCCUCUGGAACGUUCCUGCACACUAAAGUGGUGAUCGAAACAGGAGCUGUUCCUAUUUUCAUCGAGCUGCUCAACUCCGAGUAUGAAGAUGUGCAGGAGCAGGCUGUGUGGGCGCUAGGAAACAUUGCAGGAGAUAACGCAGAGUGUAGAGACUUUGUCCUGAACUGCGGAAUUCUUCCUUCACUACAGCAGUUACUUGCGAAAUCUAACCGUCUCACCACAACUCGGAACGCUGUGUGGGCGUUAUCCAACCUGUGCAGAGGGAAAAACCCCCCACCAGACUUUAGCAAGGUGUCCCCCUGUCUCAGUGUCCUCUCCAGACUGCUGUUUAGCAGCGAUCCAGAUGUUUUAGCAGACGCAUGUUGGGCUCUUUCCUACCUGUCUGAUGGUCCGAAUGAGAAAAUCCAGGCCGUGAUUGACUCGGGAGUGUGUCGCAGAUUAGUAGAGCUGCUCAUGCACAGUGAUUAUAAAGUUGUGUCUCCUGCGCUGCGGGCCGUCGGAAACAUCGUGACUGGAGACGAUAUCCAGACUCAGGUGAUCCUGAACUGUUCGGCCUUACCCUGUCUCCUCCACCUGCUCAGCAGCCCUAAGGAGUCAAUAAAAAAAGAAGCGUGCUGGACGGUUUCGAACAUCACCGCAGGGAACCGAGCUCAGAUCCAGACGGUGAUUGAUGCGAACAUCUUCCCUGUGCUGAUCGAGAUCUUACAGAAGGCAGAGUUCCGCACCAGGAAGGAGGCGGCGUGGGCCAUAACCAACGCCACCAGCGGGGGCACUCCUGAGCAGAUCAGGUACCUGGUGUCUCUAAACUGCAUUAAGCCGAUGUGUGACCUGCUGACGGUGAUGGACUCAAAAAUCGUUCAAGUUUCUCUGAAUGGUUUGGAAAAUAUUCUCCGUCUGGGGGAGCAGGAGUCCAAACAGAACGGCUCGGGCAUCAAUCCGUACUGCGCGCUUAUUGAGGAGGCCUAUGGUUUGGAUAAGAUCGAGUUCCUGCAAAGUCACGAGAAUCAGGAGAUUUAUCAGAAAGCAUUUGAUUUAAUCGAGCAUUACUUCGGCGUGGAGGAGGAGGACGCCAACAUCGCCCCUCAAGUGGACCCGAAUCAGGACCAGUACAUUUUCCAGCAGCACCAUGGACCCAUUGACCACUUCCAGCUCUGAGUCCUGCCGUCCCUCUGUCUCCCUCCGUCUCCCUCUGUCUCUGUACACACAGUGGAGGAAAUGCAGCUUCACUUCCUGUUGGAGUUCUGAGCUCAGACUUUCACAGACUUUUUAAAGCCUGAACUGUCUUUCUGUCUUUAUUAUUAUUAUUAUUAUUAUUAUUACAUUUUUAAGGCAUUAGCACUGGUGUUCCUGAAACAUUACGUCCCUUCUGAAAUGUGAAGCUACCUCUCUAACCCUGUACUAAACAGCUGGAAACUGUACAGGACACGCCCAUGUUGGACACGCCUGUUUCAGACACGCCCAGAUUAUUGCUGUUUUAUUUUACACUAACUCCUUCAGUUCUUCGUCCUCCUGCUUUAUUUCAGAAUCAGUGACUUUUUGUAAAUAAUUUAAAAGUCAAAUAAUUGAAAAAACACAGCGUGUAAAAAGACAGUCAGCAGUCAAAUGUACAUCAUUGUGUGUGUGUGUGUGCGCGUGUGUGUGCGCGUGUGUGUGAGAUGAGAUGAGAUCAGUGUGGUAUUUAUUUGGCCUGAUGUGAUUGCAGUGUUUUCUACAGUAUGAUAAUCAGCUGUUCCUUUAAGCGCAGGUCUUUAUUGUGUGUGUGUGUGUGUGUUUGUGUGUGUGUGUGUGUGUGUGUGUGUGUGUUUGUUUCUCACCCCUAACUCUGGAUUUCACUCACGUUAAACGUUUGCUGUAAGUCUAGACUCGGAGUCACCGAGUGUUAAAUCUACAAAGACGCGACUCGACUUCGACUCCUCCUCUGAUGAACACUGUUCUGUCGAGACGGUGUAACAGGAUGGGCUUUAACGUGGCUGCCGAGGGAAGUGCACAAGCGUCUGUUUAAUAAUGGUAUUGGAACACAGCCCCAUGCUGAAGGCGCGGUAUCCCUGGAAAAUUAUGAUCGGAAUAAUUAAAUAAUAAACUAUGACGUUUCUCCAGAGUCUAGAGUACUAAUGCUGGACUUAUUAUAAAACUUGCUAACGGAAAAAUGGAGUCUAUUUUAUUUGGUGGAUUUAAACCUUUCAUAUUUUAUUUUCUUUAUAAAAUGUUGGUUCUUGAGUUGCUUCUUGAGCAUUAACCAUCGGCCCAUGCGCAAGUGGAAGCAGCUCGAGAUGAAGAGAUUGUUACAGAAGCACAUGCAGCACAAUGCUGUAAUAUUUCUCAUGUUUACGAUGAUUUUUCAGGUUGCUUUUUUCUCCUCAUCAGGGAGAAUCGAUGUCUCUACUCAUGUGUGACAUAAAGGACAUCAGAAGGUCAAACUUGUUAAAAACGAAAUAGAACAAAUAAAAUGUUCUGGUACACACAGUAA